ACUGCGCGCCGCGCGCACGUACGUGCACGCUGCGCUGCAUGCAGCGCAUUGAUUGCGACGGUACGCGCGCGAUCGACGCGCGCGACGCGACCGGAAUUAGUCGUUCCAAAGUUCGACGUCGCUCGAAGAAACGACUCAUUAUUUGCGCUUUUGCACUCUCAGUAAUAAUUUCGCAAGAACAUUGUCAUUGAAAUGUCUUCUCCAUGGAAGCAGUUAGAGCGUCGUCUACCACCAUUGCCCGGCAACUCAUCACAGUCUGUCUUUGUAUUGAAUCGAAGUGAAGAAACGUUUGAUUCCACACGACCACCAACGCAGCCAGGCCCAGGGAGACCUCAUUCGACACGGGAUCGCUGGGAGACUGAUCGCGGAAGGAAGGGUAUGGCGUAUCAUCAAACCGGAAUUCUUACCACACCCAGAGAAAUAAAACACUACCUGUCUGAAAACCCCUGGCUCGUUGAAGAGUUUGUAAAGGAUAACUACAAUCAGGAGGAUGUACAGAGAUGGUUCCUGAAAGAGGAUAGGCCUAAAAAUAAAGGUGAGAAAGAGAGACCUUCAUCAGUGAAAGAAGGAAACUUGCUGUGUCCUAGCACAGGAGAUGAUAUCAAGACAUUUCUGGUUGACAUGGUUGAGAGAAUAGAGGAACAAGAUUGCAUACCUGAUGUUCUUUAUCAACUCUGCUCAAACAUCUCAACGGCUGUGAAAGCUGAUGAAUUCUUUCUCUUCAUGGUUGGUGCACAGGAGAACAGCCUAUAUUUGUGCAGUGAGGGGGAAGACUGCAUCCAGUUAAUCCCUUUUGCUCCGAUUGAUCCGGGUACAAACAUCGUUGCUCAUGUAGCCUACAGCAGACAAUAUGUAUUUACAGAGGACAUCUUAGGGGAUGAGCGUUUUCCGUUGGGUACUGGCAUGGAUGGUAGUCUUGCCAAGUCUGUCCUGAGUCUGCCUCUAAUACAACCUAAUGGGGAAACGGUUGCUGUGAUAGAAUUGAGUCGUCAUGUUGGCAGCACUCCCUUUACACAAGAAGAAAAACAGAUUGCAGGUACAUACUUCACUUGGCUAGGCAUAGCUUUGGACAAAGUUCAGGUUUGCAAUGGCCUUAUGAAACAGAGGGAGUUUAAUGAUUUUCUUCUUGAAGUAUCUAGGGUAAUCUUUGAUGACAUUGUAGCAAUUGAUGACCUCAGCAAGCACAUUAUGAUGUUUGCUAAGAGCUUGGUGAGUGCAGACCGGUGUGCUCUCUUCUUAGUUGAUAACAAGACAGAAGAGCUGUAUGCUGAUCUAUUUGAUGAUGGAAUAGAUAAGGAUGGGAAACCAGUCUUUGUCAAGAGAAGCCAGAUAAGAUUCCCAAUAAGUCGAGGCAUAGCAGGACAUGUUGCUAAGACUGGCGAUGUGGUCAAUAUUGUAGAUGCGUACCAAGAUCAGAGAUUCAACAGGGAUGUGGACGUGCAGACCGGCUACGCCACUCGGUCCAUCCUAUGCAUGCCUAUCAUCAGCCACGGUCUCGUCAUUGGCGUCGUCCAGAUGAUAAACAAGAUGGGUCAAGAUGGUCAAACUGCUGCCUUUGAUCAGACCGAUGAGAGUAACUUCAAGAUGUUUGCCAUGUACUGUGCUCUAGCUCUACACUACUCUAGGAUCUACAGUGAAAACCAGCAAUCGGAGAGACAUCUAGCUGUCAUCCAAGAGCAGCUUGUCUACUUUACAACCUGUAGUGAGCAACAGGUUGAUAGACUCCUUAAUAGCUGGAAUAAACAGAGCUUCAUUGUUCCACCAGAUUUUGAGGGGUUUGAGUUCCACAGCAGACCUUAUGUUAGUUCAUUGAAUGAGCUAUUCAUCUACAUGGUGCAGAGGCUCUGUGGACCAUCAAGCUUUGAUCUGACGACUCUAGCUCGGUUUAUCCUAACUGUUAGAAAAAACUACAGACUGGUUCCGUUCCAUAACUUCUGCCAUGCAUUUGAUGUCUGUCACUGUAUGUUCAUGCUGCUCUUGCACAGUGAAGGAAGGUUCACGGAUGAGGAGAUGUAUGGCAUGUUCUUUGGAAGUAUCUGCCAUGAUAUAGAUCACCGUGGUCUGACCAACAGCUUCCAUGCGAAGUUUGGAACUCCACUUGGUAAACUCUACACCUCCUCCAUUAUGGAAAGACACCACUUUGCUAUGACGGUAUCCAUCUUGCACCGGGAGGGGCACAACAUCUUCUCACACCUUCCUUUGAAUGUAUUCAAGAAGGUCAUGGAUCUGAUGCAAGAGAUUGUGAUGUCAACAGACCUGACGACCUUCUUCCCAAACCACAAAGAGCUGUCCAAGCUCCUCGUUGCUCAGUCCUUGGACUGGACCAUUGAUCAUCACAGAUGGAGUAUCCGCUGCAUGUGUAUGACAGCCUGUGACCUCUGUGCAACUUCAAAGAUGUGGCCUAUUCAACAACACAUAGUAGAUUGUCUCUAUGAGGAGUUCUACCAUCAGGGUGACAUUGAAAAGCUACGAGGGGAAAGUCCCAUCCAGAUGCUAGACAGAGACAAUCUACCAAAUCUAGCAAAAGAACAGGUUCAAUUCCUGACAAACGUUUGUCUCCCAUGCUUCAGUGACAUAGUCGAUAUGCUACCUGCAGCACAACCCCUUCUGGCAGGAUGCAAGGAUAACCUCCUUCAGUGGCAGCUGGUACAGGAUGGCAAAUCAGCAGCCAUGUGGAAUGUUGAAGAAUCAAGAGUAACAGAUCCACAAUGAUGUCUCAAUUUCACAUCCCCCCAGCUCAUCGAAUUCUCUUCAUGCGAGACCACAAGGCUACACACAUAGGCCUGUAUUCUGAGCCGAGUUGAAUUGGACCUUGGUCUAAAUCUCUUGUUUAACUAUGGAUAACUAAAUGUGAUUUUUAAUUUUUUUUCAGCACUUUUCAUACUCAAUUGAAAAUUGUCUGGGCAAUGGAUUACUAUGUACAUGUACCUUUUCUUCACCAUGGAGUAUGACUACUGCAUACAUUUGAAAUAUUCAGUGUAAACAAACUUUGACAUAUUGGUUACCCAUAAUUAUAGCCCAGUCUUGUAAGGCAUUGCAUGAGACUUGCGUCCAAUACCAAAUCAAGUGUAGGUACAUGCAUAAACACCCAAUGCAAAUCCUUUUGUUAAGUGCAAAUUUUUAGUUGACCUGCAUUUUGGAUUCACGCUUGGCUUGUGAGUUUCUGGCACUAUGCCUUUGACAGCAGUCCGGAAUAUGGGCCAUAGCCUAGGCUAACAAGAAGGGGGAAAAAGAGAAAAUAAGAAGAGAUUUAAAACAGGGGGGGGGGGGCAGUGUAGUACAGUACCAGUUCUAUUGAAAAUGAGCUCAUCUAUUGACUAUGUGUACACCACAGAAAAUACUGAAUUGGACCAUACGGUGUGCAGACGCUUGGAAACCCAUGGUUAGGGUCAAUUAGAACAUAUCCUUUGUGAAUUUGGGUCUAUAAGUCUUUUAUCACAUGGUCUCUAUCGAGUCAUUUUUGUCUCGUGCCAAAUUAGGCUAUGAGUUCCAAUGAUCCAUUUGCCUUUUCACCAUCUUUCUUGUCCUGUCCCCUAAUUUUUUUUGGGGGGAGGGAGAGGUGGGGGUUUCAUGUUAGAAAGUGGACACUAUGCUUUACAUGGAAAUCAUCCAUCUCAAAGUACCCUAGGUAAGUCUCUUUCAUGAUUUCCCUACCCUGCACACUGCUUCAAAUAAUCUCAUGAUUGGGUGAAAUAUAUGCCCUUUUUCAUGAAUCUAGUUUCAAAUGGUAUUAUAAUUUUUCCUCAUUUGGGCAAUUUUAAUACCUUUUUUACUGUACAUGCGUACAUUGCCCUUCCGUGUUAAACCUUUUUACAUGUUUUGUGUAACUAUGAGAAUGGAGUCCACCUUGUAAUGGUAAUGCCCCCACCCCGAUUCUUCUGACCACUUGGGAAACUUUUCAUAUAAAUGCAAAGUUUGACUUAUUAGACCAAGUGGCUUAACUGGAAAUCCAAAAUUGUUAGACAAGUUGUAAAGUUGAAUAAAAGACAAGAUACAAGAGUUUUUUGCCACCAUUUUUGAUGGACUGCUGGGUAGUUUCACCAAGAUUCUUAGUAUGCACAUCUCAUUUUUUAGUGAACCCUGAACCUCAAACGUUGUUUUCUCCUUAUUUUUUAAAGCUCUCCCUGAAUUUCUUCUGCAUUCAAUCAAGUACUUGUGAGGGUUGUUGGUCAUUUUCCCUUUUUUAAGCUCAAUGAAAAUCUGGCAAUUCAUUUUGAGUGACUUAUUGUUGGUUUUGGGGUGGCUGGUCACAUUUAGAAAUGUUCAAUUUACUCUAAAUUAGUUGAAUUCACAUUUUGUAUUGUCUAAUCUCUGUGUGCCUCGAGUGUUUUUAUAAACACCUCUAUGUGCCCUUCAUAAAUCUUGGAUUAUUAUUAUUUCUAUAAGAACAAACAAGCAAUAGACCUUAGGGCCCAAUGAAGAAAGAGUUGUCAUUAAAUACAACUCCAAAAAAAAUUAAAUGCAACUUCAUUUCUGACCAAUCAAAAGGGUGUAUUUGGGACUUGUGAACAACUAUUUUUCCAUUGGCCCCCAGGAGGCAAUUUACAGGUCUCUCAGUUACAAUUUCUGUAUAUGGCAAAAACUUAGUUUAUAAGUUAUAGUCCCAUUUAUAAAUUUCAUAUUGAAAAUCCAAUCAUAUAUUGAUGAACUUGGAAUAACAUUGAUAUUGUUUUUUUACGAAACUUGUAGAAACUAUUCAAAGUGUGAUGCAUCCGUUUUGGUGAUUAAUAUGUAAUUUUCAUCAACAUAUUGAGACUGGUAUACUAGUAAUGCAUACAGGGCUAUCAAAAUUUGCCUCCAUGAAACUUCUUUCUGGGUUCAUGGUGUUAAAAUAUCAGUUUUAUAUCAUUCAUGUGUAAAGAAAUGUCUUUAUUGUGUUCAAGAAUUAAAUGAACUUUAAACCUGUUAUAAUGGACGUGAACGUGCGUUUCUAUGAAUAUAUGUAAAAACUA